GCGGUCGGCUGGUCGAUUCCGGGAGAGCUGGUGAUUCCCCGCAGCUGCCAUGAGCAAGCGGAACCAGGUGUGCUACGUGAGGCCGGCCGAGCCGGCGUUCCUGGCCCGCUUCAAGGAGCGGGUCGGCUACAGGGAAGGGCCCACCGUGGAGACCAAGAGCAUCCAGCCUCAGCUGCCUGAGGAGGAUGGUGAGCACAGUGACAAGGAAGACGAACAGCCCCAGGUGGUGGUUUUGAAAAAGGGGGACCUGUCCGUGGAAGAGGUCAUGAAAAUCAAGGCGGAAAUCAAGGCUGCCAAAGCAGAUGAAGAGCCCCCUCCUGCCGACGGGAGAAUCAUGUACCGAAAGCCUGUUAAGCGUCCCUCGGAUGAAAAGUACUCCGGUUUAACGGCCAGUUCCAAAAAGAAGGCACCAGAUGACGGAAUCAGCAAACAGGACUCAGUCAAAAAGAACUCACAAAAGCAAAUCAAAAACAGUAGCCUCCUCUCUUUUGGCAAUGAAGAGGAAAACGAGUAAGCAUUUGGGCCCAGACGCCCUUGAGGUGCUUUUAAAAUAACUUUUUUUCCCCUAUCACAAAGUUACUAGAAAACAUGGGAAACAUUUUCAAAAACUAUAUCCAUUAAUAUACUUCUGCCUGAAAUGCCGGCUCUGCGGACGCCAACUCCUACCAAUGUUUUGUUACUCUCUGCUUCCUUAUGUGUGUAUAUGUUGAUAUGUGAAUUCUGGUUUUUAAACAAAAUCAAGGAGGUAUUAUAUAUGUUCUCUCUCUGGCUUCUCAUUUAACAUUACAUUGUGA